UGCUUGUUUGGAAUCGAUGAAGUUUGCCUAAUUGACAGCAAACUGUUGAUGUCAUGUAGUUUUGGCACAUUGCUGGUGCAAUACAACUGCUUUGACAGGAAAGACGGCAGCAGUAAAAUGUGUCUAAUGCUAUAAGAGGAAGGCCACAGCACCCCACCCACCUCCCACCUCCCACAUAGUCCGGGGAAAGGGAAAGAAAAAAAAAACAGUGCCUGAACAAGAUAUCACAUGACCACAGUGGUACCUUAUAAAAGUAAUAGCCAAAAAGCAGAAGUUCAGAGUGGUCCAGUCUACUUGAAGCAACAACUUCCAAUAAUCUGACACUCAACGCCAGCAGACUGAAUAUGUCUUCCUUCGGAAAUAUGAACAUUUCUGAGAAAUGUGGGAUGGAAAGAGAAUAUGAAGAGAUGAAUAUCAACAAUAGUGAUGUCAAGGCAGAAAGAGAGUAUAUGGACAUCCAGAGACGCCGAACACCUCAAAACACAGAGAGGAUCAGAAGAUACAGAGCAGCUGUAGUGUGUUUGGUUCUGCUGUGUGUUCUUCUGCUGACUUCAGUCAUAGUGCUGUGUGUCCACAUCCAUACAAACAACACAAACUACACAGAAAACAGAGAUGGAUGGAUUUACUAUCAAUCUAGUAUUUACUUCAUUUCCUCUAAAAUAAAGAGCUGGGAUGAGAGCAGGAGAUACUGUACAGAGAAAGGAGCAGAUCUGAUCAUCAUAAACAGCAGAGAGGAACAAGAUUUUGUGAAGAAAAUAUCUGCUGAUGCUAAAGUCUGGAUUGGUCUGACUGACAGUGAUGUGGAGGGCAUAUGGAAAUGGGUUGAUGGCAGCACACUGACCUCUGGGUUCUGGUGGCCUAGAGAACCCAAUGGACAUAUAAAAGAGGACUGUGCUCUAAAUGAUUCAUCAGGAUGGGCUGAUUAUCCAUGUAGUUAUGCUUUUAAAUGGAUCUGUGAGAAGAGCCUUGUAAAGUAUUAGAUACCAUGAAAUACAUGUUUAUUCACAACAUUUUAGCAUGAAUAGAGGGUUUUAUAUUCCCCCAUUUAUAUUCAUCAUGAUGUUUUGCCUGUUAUUUCCAUAAUUAAAGUCUUUAUGUCAGUCCUAAAGUCGAUGUCAGUCCUGCAACUCCAGUCAGUGAAAAUACACCUGUAUACGAUGAAUGAAUAAAUAUCAGUCUAAUAUCCAAUAGUGUCUAAGAAUAGUGAAAUAAUUGUCUUGUCUUAAAAUGCAAUACGUCUUAUGAGGAAGUGGCUCUGAGGGACAGAGGGGAAAAAACGGCACAAGAUCUUUUACUGGGCCGAUACCCUUUCAAAAGGUACUAAUAUAUACUAUUAAGGUACUAACACGCACCUUUUAGG